AUGCAGUUUUGGAAAUAUUCAACAAAUAUAUUAGCAACAUUAUUAGCAGUUGUUUCAAUAACCAACGCAAGUGGACCAACAGAUGGUGAAGCAACAGCUGAUCCAAAUUCAGCAGUUGUAAAAUUAACAACUGAAAAUUUUACAACAUUUUUAGAAGAAAAUCCUUUAAUUUUAACUGAAUUUUUUGCACCAUGGUGUGGAUAUUGUAAAAUGUUGGGUCCUGAAUUUUCUCAAGCUGCCGAUUUAUUAAAUGAAACUCAUCCAAAUAUUAAAUUAGCUCAAAUUGAUUGUACUGAAGAUGAAUCAAUUUGUAUGGAACAUGAAAUUAAAGGGUAUCCAACUUUAAAAGUUAUUAGAAAUGGUGAUUCAAAAGGUGCUGAAGAUUAUCAAGGUCCAAGAGAACAUAAAGGAAUUGCUGAUUAUAUGAUUAAACAAUCUUUACCUUCUGUACAAAUUCCAACUAGUUGGGAUGAUUUAGAAAAAUUAGUUGGUGAACAAACUAAACCUUUUAUUUUGAAAGUUGAUGGAGUAGUUGAUGAUAUUUUUGAUAAAAUUGCAAGUACAAAAAGAAAUGAUUAUACAUUUAUUGAAGUUGGGAAAGAUUAUUUGAAACAAUUAGCAUCAAAAUUAAAUAUUGAUUUGAAAAAAGCUACUUACUUGGUAGUUCAUCCUGGUGAAAUUUUAGAAAGUAUUAAAUAUCAAGGUGAAGCAGAUUUAGAAAAAUUAACUGAAUUUAUUAAUGUUGAAUCAUUACCAUAUUUUGGUGAUAUGGAUAGAGAUACUUAUAUGAAAUAUAUGGCAUCACCAUUACCAAUUGCUUAUUAUUUUUAUAAAACUCCAGAACAAAGAGAAUCUAUUGCUAAUGAUUUAAGUAAAUUAGGUAAAAAAUAUAGAGGUAAAUUAAAUUUUGUUGGUUUAGAUGCUAAUUUAUUUGGUAGACAUGCAGAAGCAAUAAGUAUGGAUCCUGAUAUUGUACCAUUAUUUGCUAUACAAAAUAUUGGAGAAAAUAAAAAAUAUGGUAUUAAUCAAAAAGAAAAUCCAGAAGGUCCUUCAAUUGAAACAAUAACUGAAUUUGUUGAGGAUUUUUUUGCAAAUAAAUUAAAACCAAUUAUAAAAUCAGAACCAUUACCAACUGAAGAAGAAAUCAAAUCAAAUCCAGUUGUUAAAUUAGUUGCUAAUAAUUAUAAUGAAAUUUUAAAUAAAUUAGAUAAAGAUAUUUUUGUUAAAUUUUAUGCUCCAUGGUGUGGUCAUUGUAAAAAAUUAGCUCCAACUUGGUCAGAAUUGGCAGAAAUUUAUCAAUCAAAUAAAGAUGGUGAUGUUUUAAUUGCUGAUAUUGAUCAUACUUUAAAUGAUGUUGAUGUACCAUUUGAAAUUGAAGGUUAUCCUACUUUAUUAAUGUUUCCAGCAAAUGGUGAAUUAGAUGAAAAAACAGGUAUUAGAAAACCAAUUGUUUUCCAAGGUCAAAGAGAAUUAAAUUCAUUAAUUGAAUUCGUUAAAGAACACGGUUCCUUAAAAAUUAAUGGGACUGAAUUACAAGAAAAAUUACAAAAUUCAAAAGAUGAAGUAAAGAAUAAAGUUGAAGAAGUUGUUGAAGAAGGUGAAGAAGUUGAACAUGAUGAAUUAUAG